AGUAUAUAUAGCCACAGAGGCUACCAGAGGUCUCCUGGCAGCCAACAUGAAGGUCUUAGUCUCGCUCUGCGUCUUUGUGCCCCUGUUGGCACUGGCCACAGCAGAGGAGGAAGCCGUUCUGGAAUCCAUCCUGAGAGACAGAUCUCACAUCGAGGAAACUCUGAGGCUCGCGGCAGAUGAGAAGGCUGGUGAUUUUGCUGCUGCUCUGCAGAGGCUGAUGAAGAUCUACCACAACUCCAUCAGGCCCAUGGAGCAGGCCUACAAGUACAAUGAGCUGAGACAGCAUGAGAUCUCAGCCUAUCCUGGACGCACACUGGGGGAUUCUGCCACAGAUGGAGAAAUCACCUCCAAACCCAUGGUGCUGUUCCUCGGACCCUGGAGCGUGGGCAAGUCCUCCAUGGUCAACUAUCUGUUGGGUUUGCAGGACACUCCUUACCAGCUGUACACGGGUGCUGAGCCCACUACCUCAGAGUUUACCGUCAUCAUGCAUGGUGAGAAGAUUCGCACCGUGGAGGGCAUCGUCAUGGCUGCCGACAGCUCUCGCUCCUUCUCCCCACUGGAGAAGUUCGGCCAGAACUUUUUGGAGAAGCUGGUUGGCAUCGAGAUGCCCCACAAGCUCCUGGAGAGGGUCACAUUCGUGGACACGCCUGGAAUCAUUGAGAACCGCAAGCAGCAGGAGAGAGGUUACCCAUUCAACGAUGUGUGCCAGUGGUUUAUCGAUCGCGCAGACCUCAUUUUCGUGGUUUUUGAUCCUACCAAGCUGGACGUCGGUCUCGAGUUAGAGAUGCUCUUCCGGCAGCUGAAAGGUCGGGAGUCUCAGAUCCGUAUCAUCCUCAAUAAAGCCGACAGUUUGGCGACCCAGGACCUCAUGCGCGUCUACGGCGCCCUCUUCUGGAGUCUGGCGCCCCUCAUUAAUGUAACCGAGCCCCCGCGCGUCUACGUCAGCUCCUUCUGGCCCUACGACUACGCGCCAGACACCAGCCACGACCUCUUCAAACGCGAGGAAAUAUCCUUGCUGGAAGACCUGAACCAGGUGAUCGAGAACCGUCUUGAGAACAAAAUCGCCUUCAUCCGCCAGCACGGCAUCCGUGUUCGCAUUCACGCCCUCCUGGUGGACCGCUACGUGCAGACCUUCAAGGAGAAGAUGAGCUUCUUCAGCGACCCCGAACUGGUCUUCAAGGAGAUUGUGGACGAUCCUGACAAGUUCUACAUUUUCAAGUCCAUCCUGGCCAAGACCAACGUCAGCAAGUUUGACCUUCCCAACCGAGAUGCUUACCGUGACUUCUUCGGGAUCAACCCGGUGAGCAGCUUCAAGCAGCUGUCGGCCCAAUGCUCCUACACGGGCGGUUGUCUACUGGAGAAGAUCGAGCGCGCCAUCACCCACGAACUGCCCUCUCUGCUCGGCAGCAUCAACUCCAGCAAGAACCCGACCCUGUCUUCCUGCGAGGCCACCGGCUGUGGGGAAAAGCCCAAGAACCGAUACCGGCGAAACUGAGAGAAGAAAACCAGGCAGGAGGGAGGCCGAAGAAGUGGAGGACGAGAAAGGAGUGACGGUGGAGCGAACAAACCGAGGAGGAGCAGUGGAGCUAAUCCUGUUCCUGCCACUGGUCCGUUUCGAGUCAAUGGAGACGGAUCUCACGGGACUUUUUUCUUUUUGUGUGAAGAGGUUGUGUGUGGGGACGUUUUAAGGGUGGGGGAUUCUGCAAAUGGGUGGAGGGAGGUUCUUGUGAAGUCUUGAGGCGGAGUUUCUUGUGAAUGCGAGGAGAGCGCGCCAAAAUAACUCUCCUCUCUUUCCGCACUACUUUUAUAAACUGUCUGCAGUUUUGGAGGGAAAAUGUGUACGCAUGGAAAACAAAAAUGGCUGACACACACUUAAAAAAUGUAAAAAAUAGCAAAAAUAAAAUAUCCUGAGACUGAAAAUCAGAUAUCAGCUGCCUUGAAUGUGAACCAAAAUGCAACAGUGAUGCAACUGUCAUGUUUUAAACAUAUGGAUUAUAUAAUCAGUUCCCCAGUCAUGCAUUUUUUCCACUGUUUUUUGGGUUGAUUUGUUCACUUGUAAUGGUUAGUAACUAUGGAUUUUUAUUUUUUUUCUCCUCAGACUGAUAAGCUACUAGCAUUUUUACACUGCAUGUUAUGAUACAUAUGGGUUUGGUUUCUUUCACAUUUCCACUUCUCCACGUUGUGUACCACAAUACAGGUUCCAAAAGGAUGUUUUCGCAGCAAUGCCAGAGAAGAUCCAUUUGGGGUUCUCUAAAGAACCUUUAAAGGAAUGGGUCACUCAAAAUUGAUGACCCUCAGGCUAUCCAAGGUGUAGACGAGUUUAUUUCUUCAUGAGAACAGAUUUGGGGAAAUUUAGCAUUAUAUGAGCAGUGAAUGGGUGCCGUCAGAUAAAGAGUUCAAACAGCUUACAAGUAAUCCACAAGUAAUCCACACGAUUCUAUCAAUUAAUGUCUUUUGAAGAGAAAAGCUGCGUUUUUGAAGAAUAAAACCCAUUAAUGCCAUUUAAACCUUUGCUUCAGGCCAAAAUAUGAGUCCAUAAUCCAUAAAUAACGCUUCCUCCAGUGAAAACAUCCAUGCAUGUCCAUGUUAUCCUCAUACAUCAAAAUCCACCCACAUAUUUGUUUAGAACUGUUUUGGACUGUUUUUGCUUGUGAACGGUGCUUGAUCUAUGCAUAUUUCUCUCCUGAUUCGAAUGAGAUGAUUUUUCACUGGAAAAAGGGCUGGAUAGAGGGCUUGCAUUUUAGCCAGAAACAACAGUUUAAAAUUAAAAACAUUUUAAUGAUGAAUUUGUCUCAUACAAACACAUAUCCUUUUUAUUUCACAAGAAAUUAAUUGGUGGACUGGAGUGGUGUGGAUUACUUGUGGAUUAUUGUGAUGUUUUUAUCAGCUGUUUGGACUCUCAUUCUGAUGGCACCCAUUCACUGCAGAGGAUCCAUUGCUGAGCAAGUGAUGAAAUGCUACAUUUCUCCAAAUCUGUUCUGAUGAGGAAACAAACUCAUCUACAUCUUGGCCUGGGGGUGAGUAAGUUUUCAUUUUUGGGUGAAUUAUUCCAUUAACUGAUUUUUUUCCAUAAAAAGACCCUUUUGUGCAUUUGAGCGGUAUCUAAAGGCAUUUGAAAGGUUCUUCAUGGAACCACUGUUUCCAAUAAAGAACCUUCAUUUUUAAAAGCGUAUUUAAAAUUCCACAACUAACAGUCAGGUCUUAAGGUUGGGGUUUUGUGUGGAAAUAAUCACAUUAAUCUAGAUAUCUAGAUAGAUGUUACCUCAGAAAGCUGCAUUUUUAUAAGCUUUUUUUUUUUUUUUGAAUCCUAGUUAUGAUGUAUGGUAGUCAGCAGUGAAAAUAGUGCAAACAGUGCAGUUCUGUGGGAGAGACAAAACUGCAAUAAAGUGUUAUUAACCGA